CGCCACUGCGUUUACUUUGAGCAGUGCUUUGGGCUGGUUUGGAUCUGCAUUUAAGCUAAAGGAACAACGCUGCGCUUUAAUAAGUAAAAAGACGGCAUCUCCGAACUAACAUGGCAGUCAGGCUGUGUGAUGUGGCUUCUCUGCUUAGAAGUGGCUCGUGGGCGGCUGAGCCUUGGACCGGGCAGGUAAUUGCUGCCAUGGAAACACAGCUCUCGAACGGACCGUCGUGUAACACGAGCAACGGUCCGAACCAGAUGAAUAGCUGCUCCUCACCAGUGGAGUCAAGCGGCAUGGAGGACAGCAAGACGAACCUGAUCGUGAACUACCUGCCUCAGAACAUGACCCAGGAGGAGCUCAAGAGCCUCUUUGGAAGCAUCGGGGAGAUCGAGUCGUGCAAGCUAGUACGAGACAAAAUCACAGGUCAGAGUCUGGGUUACGGAUUCGUGAACUAUGUGGAUCCUAAAGACGCCGAAAAAGCCAUCAACACUCUGAACGGCCUGCGACUGCAAACCAAAACCAUCAAGGUGUCCUACGCCCGUCCGAGUUCGGCCUCCAUCAGAGACGCUAAUCUGUACGUGAGCGGUUUGCCCAAGACCAUGCCGCAGAAGGAGCUGGAGCAGCUUUUCUCUCAGUACGGACGCAUCAUCACCUCCCGGAUCCUCGUCGACCAGGUUACAGGCGUGUCUCGAGGUGUGGGUUUUAUCCGCUUCGAUCGACGCGUCGAGGCCGAGGAGGCCAUCAAGGGGCUGAACGGGCAGAAGCCUCCCGGAGCCACCGAGCCCAUUACUGUGAAGUUCGCCAACAACCCGAGUCAGAAAACCAGCCAGGCUCUGCUCUCUCAGCUCUACCAGUCUCCGAACAGGAGAUACCCAGGACCGCUCGCCCAGCAGGCUCAGAGAUUCCGGCUGGACAACCUGCUGAACAUGGCUUACGGAGUGAAGAGUAGGUUUUCUCCCAUGGCCAUCGACGGUGUCACCAGUCUGGGCAUUAACAUCCCCGGUCACGCCGGUACGGGCUGGUGCAUCUUCGUCUACAAUCUGGCUCCCGACGCAGACGAGAGCAUCCUCUGGCAGAUGUUCGGGCCGUUCGGCGCCGUGACGAACGUCAAGGUGAUCCGCGACUUCAACACGAACAAGUGCAAAGGCUUCGGCUUCGUCACCAUGACCAACUACGACGAGGCGGCCAUGGCCAUCGCCAGCCUGAACGGCUAUCGCCUUGGAGACCGCGUGCUGCAGACAGAGGUUUUAGCUGCUCUGAACGAAGGAGAGCGGGCCGACGACGCCCGCGAACAGAACAAAAUCGACUGAGAAUGAAGUGUUUGAAGGGAGAAGAGCUCCUGAGUUAAUACCUUACUGUAAAUAAGUACUUUACGUUGAGUAAUGUGUAUCGUUUAUUUUUUUCCCCAAGCAAGUGUUUUUUUGUUUUGUUUUUUUUUUUGUUAAAGUACGUAGGGUAAUUUUUGUUAGCUAAUAAUUUGGUUUGCCUCUGAGAGUUGUUUAGUUGAGAGACUUUGUUUGAUGCAUUAUUACUGUAUCAGAUUUGUUGGUGGUUUUGUCCGUAGAUAGUCUUGCUUCUGCGAAAUGCUAGGCAUUUGAGUUUUUUUUUUUUUGUUGUUGUUUUUGUUUACUUGUUUUUUUUUUUCUUCCUUCCUUCAGGUUUUUCUUUUCUUUCUUUAAUCUAUAUAUUAUAAGUAUUAAAUAUAUUUGUGGUUAAAAAUUGAAGAGCCACAGUUUUGAACAAAUACUUAUUUGAUUUAGUUUUUGUAUUCAUGUUACACUCGAUACAUAAUAUAACCCAUUUUAAAAUAAAAAAAAAAUAAAAUAAAAAGUGUAUAUUGCUUAAUCUUCAUGAGGGGAGCCUGACUAGGCUUUUCCAUGACCGUAGCAACACAAUGGCGUGUUUUAUUCUCCACUUACUGAAGGAAAGAGCCUUUAUCAGUGCAGUUCAGGCUCCCCGGAUGUGUGGCAGUGUGCUAUGCAUUACAUUUAUUUUCCUUCUUUCUCUUUUUGGCUGUUUAUUAUUAUUAUUGUUUUUGUUUUUUUGUUUGGUUAUAUUUUCAUUGAUGAACUGUGGCUUUGUGCUGCUUGGGGACAGGGAGAGCUUUUCAUGUCAUGUAGGGUUUAGUUUUCUGUUUAACUUUUUUUUGUUUUUUUUUUUUUCUUCCCAUAAACCACUGCAAGGCAGAGACUCUUCAGCUGCUAGUGUUUUAAACACGGCUAAAUUUGAGCUCGGAUCCGUCUGUGGCGUGAAAAGCCUCCGUGUCCUGUCUGUAGUCUCAGUUCUGUAGUGUGCAUUAUUUAUUUCAAGUUGUACAGUAUAACCUUAUUCACAGCUGAGUUUUGAAUUUUGGGGUAUAUAAUCUUUUUGUUCAGUAUUUAAAAGAAAUGGUAUUACUAGAUGUACAUGUUCUUUUGCCUUCUUUUUUUUUUUUCUUUUUUUUUUUUCCUCUUGUGUUUGGAAUACUUUGUAUUUUUUCAUGUUCGGUACAUCAAUAAAUAAAUUGAAGGGAGCUGUGAUAGAA